AUGGCGACAGCAACCGGCGACUCGAAACGAAAGGCGGCUAGAAGUCUCUUCGGGAGACCAGAACCAGGAGAGGUUACUCGGAAACUUGACAAUAGCCUGCAGCGGAUGUACAGAGAGGAAUCCCGCAAAUGGAACUUCGACUUUGCUGGUGGGGUUCCGCUCGUUGGAGCUGAGGGAGACAUCGAUUUUGUGUCGAUCCCCGCUUCCGAUGUUCCAGAAUUUUACCGAGAGAAAACCAUUCGCACUCGAAAAACCAUAACAAGACGGGAUGUUUCCCCGGUGUCAGACACCCUAGAGGCUCCGGAAGAGCCCUUAUUUGUUGUUGAACCAAGUGAGCCACAGUUGUUGCUUGCAUCAACUUCUCACGAAAUCGAAGAAUACAUAAAACCGGUUACUAGAUCGUCCAGUGCCAAGAACCAACAGGAAGUGGAUACGUUGAAGCAAACUAAGCUGACGAACUACAUGCCGGUUCGCAAGCGUCGUAGUGAAACACUCCCGGCAUCUGGCACGGUCUUGAUGAGCCGUUCCAUUUCAAUCGACUCAAACUUCGCAACGCAGAAAGAAAAGCGUGGAAUAAAACUAGGAAACAACAACAAGGGAGCUCCAAAACGGCCCUUAAGAUUCGUCCCACCGAACAUACCGAAGUCUGCUCAAUCGUCUGUUUCCGACAGUGCUCUCGUCUCGUCUCCUCGUUCUCCGCCGGCUAAAAAGACCACUGUUACUUCUCGCCGUUCCCGUCGCCCUAUUGAAGCUGGAGACUUCUAA